CAACGUGCUGCUAACAGUUAUUGCAAGAUGUUAUUGUGACAAUUCUGAAGAGAGGGAUGACUGUUUCACUUGAACCCGUUACAUGGAAUAUACUGACAACGAAAAUGAAAUUCCUAUAUUUUAUAAUGGUGUUAAUUUCGGUAGACGCCUCAGCUAUAAAUAAACGUAACAAAUUUACCAGAGUACAGCGUGUAGCCCAACAGGACCUCAGUUUGUAUAAACUCAAUUCAAAUACCGGAAUGCGAAGUUCCUUUGAAUGUGCAAUUCAGUGCGAAAAAGAAGGUUGCCUCUCGUUUUCAUAUACAAAUCUCGAAAAAAGGUGCGUCACUUACUCCGAAACGCUUGACGAGGAUCAGAACGCUGAUGUGUCCGUGUCAACUAAAUAUUUCUCAAAGGGACCCAACAUCUGCAAAGGCGUCCCACAAGGCUCUCCCUCAGGUGAAUACCAGAUAAAGUAUAAAGACGGAAGCAGCAUGAAUUUGUUCUGUGACAUGGACGCUGCAGAAGGGCCCUGGGCUGUGAUACAUAGUCGAACACAUGGAAAUGUCGAUUUCUAUCGCAACUGGGUAGAAUACAAGAACGGAUUUGGAAAUCUAAAUGGAGACUUCUGGAUCGGUAAGUUAGGUCUAUACAUGGUUCAAAAUAUUGAAAAAAAUAUUAACUUUAAAUAUUGGUUCCCUGGUGAAUUCUGUUACCCACAUUUUACCACAGGUGAUGGCAUGGAUUAUGGUAAUGGUUUCGGAUUCACUACGUACGACAAAGAUAACGACGGACGUGAUCCUACUUCAAAAGACUGUGCCGAAGAGCGCCAUGGUGCUUGGUGGCACGAUCGAUGUACUCUCACCAAUCUGAACGGUGUUUAUCAUCAAGAGGACGGAUAUGACUGGGAGGCCAUGAGCUGGAUUGAAUUCCCUGAUCCGGAUCGUUAUUUUACCCCUUUGAGAAAGGCAAAGAUGAUGAUUCGAUGGAUAAAAUGAAUUAGGAAUUUGGAAGUAAGCUUUCAUAGAAAACGUUAUCUUCCAUUCAUAAAGCAACAUACACUUAUUGUUGGUAAGGGUAUAAGGUGUUAA